CAACCAUUGGCUAGCUAGACUUCCUGGGAUUUUGGCGGUGGAGUAAACAUGGCGGAAGAUUUAAAAGGGUGCCAAGUUGUAUGUAAAGUGACAACGUACCAGUUGCAGACACUCUGUCGUCAUGAAGGGAUUGUGUGCUUGGAGCUGGGGGUCAACAGGAAACAAAUGCACAACUUCGAAGUGGAGUACCUGUUUGACUACAAGAGGACACUUGUUCCUGGUAGGAAGACAGCCAAUGCCACAGGAGUACCAAAGGAGCGAGAGUUCUACUUGGUUAAAUGGAAGGGUUACCCAGAUCACAUGAACACCUGGGAGCCGAGGAAAAACCUGCGGUGUGUGGAGCUCCUACGUCAGUUCUGGGACGAUGUCUUCCUGGAGCUGCAGAGACAGAAAAAGACUGUAGUCCCCAACCGGUUUGAAACAGAGCUGUCCUCUUACCUGGAGCAGAGGGCCAGGCAUAGGCAGAGCCUGCAGAGGUGGGAGGCCCAGAUCAACAGUGUCGGAGGCCUCACCAAACGCAUCCUGGUCCGCAACCGUGUGGACCUGGAGGGCCCUCCGAAUAACUUCACCUACAUCAACAACUACAAGGUGGGUGAGGGCAUUUCGAUGACGACAAUGGCAGUGGGGUGCGAGUGCACCAACUGUUUGGAGAACCCUGUGGGUGGUUGCUGCCCAGGAGUAUUGGGACAUGGCUUUGCCUACAACGAGUGUGGGCAGGUGAAGGUUAAGCCUGGGGAGCCCAUCUAUGAGUGCAACAAUAUGUGUCACUGUGGACCAGACUGCCCCAACAGAGUGGUACAGAGAGGGAUCCAGCAUACCCUCUGCAUCUUCAAAACAGACAACGGGCGGGGGUGGGGAGUACGGACCUCUGAGCGUGUCAGAAGGCAUUCCUUCGUCAUGGAGUAUGUUGGAGAGAUCAUCACUACAGAGGAGGCAGAGAGGCGGGGUCAGGUCUAUGACAGACAGGGAGCAACGUACCUGUUUGACCUGGACUAUGUGGAGGAUGAGUACACCAUUGAUGCUGCUCACUAUGGAAAUGUAUCCCACUUUGUCAACCACAGUUGCAACCCUAACCUGCAGGUGUAUAACGUAUUCAUAGACAACCUGGAUGAGCGACUGCCACGCCUGGCUUUCUUCUCAAACCGUGGGAUCAGCGCUGGGGAGGAGCUCACCUUCGACUACAAUAUGCAGAUUGAUCCAAUAGAUGUGGAGAGUACAAAGAUGGACUCCAAUUUCAGCAUGACUAGAUCACCAAAAAAGGCUUCUCUCGUGACUGGAUCACCCAAGAAGGUUCACAUGACUGGAUCACCCAAAAAGGAUCCUCUCAUGAUUGGAUCACCCAAAAAGGAUCCUCUCAUGAUUGGAUCACCCAAAAAGGAUCCUCUCAUGAUUGGAUCACCCAAAAAGGAUCCUCUCAUGGCUGGAUCACCAAAAAAGCGAGCGCGCAUGGAGUGCAAGUGUGGGACAGACAAUUGCAGGGGGUACUUGUUUUAGGGGUACUUGUUUUAGGGUUGCAGCAAGGACAAAUUCAUACAUUUUACUUUUCCAGGAUUGUCAUCAUGACAAUUCAACUUUAUUUCUGUCAUUUUAAAUGUAUACUAUGGUGUCUGUGAAUAUUUUGCCCUAUAUGAUCAUAAACUAUUCAUUAGUG